AGUAGUUACCACCAACAAUAGGCUACUGUUCGAUAACAUGAUGUUUCUCGCGAUACGAUCGUGAUUUUUAGUAUGACAACACAUAGAGAGUGUUAUUCUGUGAUCGUGGAUCGUAAUGUCCACUUCUGUAAAGUUACACGAUAAUUGUUGAGCGUUUUUUUUCGGAAAUAAAUGAAUUCUGACAUCUAUACUUAAAUGCAUAAGAAAUGCAUAAGAAUUUGUAACUGUAUCAAGUACAUACUCAAGUAGGUAUGUACAUACAUGUGAGCGCACUAUAUACACACAUUUGCAUUUUCGAGUAAAUGCAAGAUGACAAGUGACAUAUAAGCAACUGAAAUCUCGUACGUUUUGCAUAUGUUUAUUAAUCUUUAUACUUAAUAUUUCUUGAUCCUACCAUAUGGAAGACGUUUAAAUGCUUCAGGAAAUGUAGCAUGUAUAGCGAAUGCACUUUAUACAAAAUAAAAAGGAAAGUACUGAACCAAGAACAAGAAUCUGCUAAUACUUUCUAACAUUGUAUAAUUGUAACUUACAAUUAUCUUUUAACUUACCAAUAAUAUCAUGCAUUUAAUAAAAGAGAAUUUUAUGAAAGGCUCGGACUAAUCAUAUUUAAAAUUUCUGUAUAACUUGGAAAAAUGGACAAUCUGUCUGAUUCAUUUAAAGGGGAGCUGGACUCCAUUACAUCAACAGACUCCCUGCAAUUAAUAACCGAUGAAUUUCAUAUCAGACAUUUAUCGACACCUGAUGUUUCCAAUAUAGAAUUGUCAAAACGUGUUGCACUAUUGGAAUUAGAAAACGAACGGCUCAGGGUUGAUCUGGAAAAUUUACGUAUUGAACUUAAUGCCAGAAUUGCAGCAAAUGAGGGCCUGAAAGGAAAAAUUACAGACUUGUAUGUAGAAAUGCAGUUGGUGAUUCAGGAAAAACAUAAAUUACAAAAUACUCUGGCAGAUUCAAAUAAUCGUUUGGAAGCAGCACAGGCAUCUGCGAAAUGGUAUCAAUCUCAAGUGCAUGGCUUGCAAGCAAACAAAAAAACUUUACAAAUAGAGAUAGAUACUUAUCAAGGAAUACUGCAGCAAAGGCAACAAACUAUAGUAAAUAUAAGUGCUAAGUACAAACAAUUAAACAUGGAUUACAAUGAUCUUCUUCAAAAGCAUCAAAAGGAGAAGCACGAUUUGGAGUAUGAAUUACAAAAUUUGAGGACACAGAAACAAUCAAACAGUAUUACAGAAACGCUGGAUAACAUUUCAUCCUUUAGUCCUCCAGAUAUGUCGACAAAGCUAGAGUUAACAGAGGAUGAACUGCGAGAUACAAAGGCAGAGCUAAAAACAUUAGAAAAGCGUUUUUUAGGUAAUGAAGUUUCCAAAAUGUUGAUGGAAAACACUUUGACUAAGCAAAACACUUUGAUUACAACUAUGAAAGAAAAUAUGCAGAAAUGUGAAAGCGAGAAAAAUCAAACUGCUGACGUGCUACGCAAGACGCAACUCGAAAUGCAAAAGUUGAAAUCUGAAAAUGAAACAUUGCAGACUACUCUGCUUUCUUCCAAACAGGAACAAAGCCAGAUAGAAGAUGCGAUUUUCCAGUUACGACUGCAAUUAACAAAGAUGAUUGCACAGUAUAAGCUUCUGAAAUCAAAGAAUAUAGAGGCAGAAGAAAAACUAAAUUCUAUGCAAGAUGUGAUAAAUGAAAAUAAACGCUUAAAAACAUUAUCUUACGAAGCUAACAGCGCGCUGAUCAAGAGACUUAGGCAAGAAAAACGUAGAGUUAAAAGUUUAGAGAACAAGUUGUGUGGCAUACAAGCGAAAGGAUAUUUAAAUGACAUGAAAAACAAGACAGAUGUUUCCUUGCACGAGUGUCUAAAGCAAGUUCUUAUAAGAAACAAAGAUUUAAAAGAUCAAUUGAAGGCACUAACAAAAACUUCGGACGAAAGUAUCGAUGAAGGUUACGGUGAUAGUAGUUCCGUCAGUUCUAUUUCUAUAGACAUUCCAUCGCCAAGUUCCAUUAAUCCAAUAUUAUUAAAUACAGCUUCCAGUGUUCUAUUGAGAAGUAAAGACUUUUGUAAACCGAUACAAAUAGAGCUCGAUCAUUUACAACUAAAGCUUAACGAACUAAGAAAACAAUGUAUUGCAUAGUAUUACAUUCCCUUACUCAGUAUUAAUUAUUUUUUUAUGGUAUGUAGUAUUAUUUCAAAUGGUAUUUAACUAAUGAAGUAUUUGGAAAUGUAUAAUAUAUGGUGAAUGGAUAAGACAAGUGUAAAAUGUCUGUUAUACUUAUAUUUAAUAUAUGUAGUUGUAAACUUGAUUUUAAAUUAUUUAUUAAUUCAGUAAUUAAUAAGUGAAUUAUUAAAAGGUCAUGAAUUGUAAAUAUGUUGAAUUAUAUUAAAUAUUAUAAUUGUUACAAAUAUAAAAAUAAUAAAUCGAAAAUAUUCAUACUUUGACGAAUGUUUUAUUAAAAUUAACUGUACACUGUGAAUCAAUACGACACGAAAGUAAUAUAUUUAUUUAUUAAUCGAUGCACAAUAAUAAUAUUAUGUUAAAACAAAUGUUCAAACAAUUGCAUUUUAAAACUAAACUAAGCAUUCUGAUGGUAAAAAAUUAUAAGAAUUAUAAAGUAAUAGAAUAAAUAUAUUACAAAUUAUAAUUAGUAACAAAAGUUUGGAGUUGAGUUAAUAAAUUGCUAAAUUAACCUGUUUAUUACAUUUUACGCAUACGUAAUAUCAAGAACACAGUAGAGGUUGUUAUAAGUAACUCUAUUUCGAAUUACAUUACAAUUUUAUCUAUGGAAAACUUAGUUUUUACUGCUGCAUUUAUAAAACAUUUUUGUAAAAGAAUUCCUAUAAGAAAGGAAAAUCGAUACUGUAAAAUUUCUGCAGUCUUAAAUGUACAAUGAUCGUUUUGUCUUUCAACUUUUAGGAUAAAAAUUAUUUAUGUAUAUACAUAUUUAUAAAAUUAGUACAGUAAAAAACUGAAUUAUAGUUUUCCGUUUCAAAGUAUCACAGACGAAUAUGAUGUAAAAUAAGAAAGAAACAAUAAAGUUACCCUCUUUUGAUAGGUAUAUUCAGUUAAAUAAAAGAUUCUUGGAAAAAAUUAAAAUUAAAAUGGAUAUAAUGAAAAUGAUAAAACUUUUUUUUUAAGGUGCCUUUAAAAAUAAUAUACGUGACCUUCGAACUGUUGUAUAACAUGUAUAAGGAAUGGAGAUAGAUUCUGUGUUUCUAUUUCUAAAAGGCCCACCAUGUAUACAUAUAUUGAAGAAAAAAAAAAUUUAGCAAAGAAAAAUAUUUCAAUAAAAACGAAUAAUUUUACUUUAAUGUAUACAAAAAAUAAAUAAAUAUGCAAUGAAUAUUUACAUCACAAUACUAUAAUUAUAAAUUUAAUAAUAAUAUUUCUCACAUCAAUAAAUUUUAUUAGGAUAGUCUUAUGUUUCAUUAGAAGCUGUAAAUAAAUUGCACGAAUUAACGAAAUCCUGUAUUUUCGAAAUAAAGGUAUUUAAUAUUAAUAUAUACUGUCAAAUGAAAUAGAAUCCUUAACUUAAAAACUACUAUUUGCAAAAUAUACGUAAAAUCACAUAGUCGUUAACUAUUUCAUUUCUUCUUCAUUUAAAAUAGUAGAGAGUCAUUAGCCUAUUAACUUAAACGACUUUGCAAACAUUGAAACUUUUCUAUGUGUUGUAAAAGUGCUUGCUAUUUUAGUUAUUUUUUUUAGAUUACAACAGUCUUAAUAAUAUCUAAAUUAUAACAUAAUACAGUUGCUUUUAUAAGAAAUAAAUAAAACCAAUGAUUUCAUUUAUUCAUACUGGAAUGAUUAAUUUUCGUUACUUUUUAAUUUUGGUCUUAUUAUAUUUUUGUAUCCUUCCAGAAGUAACACAAUUGUAAAAAUGUUUUUUUUUUUUUUAAAUUAAUAGUACCCUUGUUUUCAUACAAUAAAGAAAUAUUUACAAUAAAUCUCGUUCUCGACCAAAUAUGCCAAUACAAAAACGAAGAAAAAACAUUUUUCGAGAAGUAGUGGUUGAUUCAUGCAUUAAACCAAAAUUCCCAACUCUUGAAAGGUAUAUUUCGUAUGUUAAACUUGAGAUAUAAUAGCAUUACAUAUUUUUUUUUCUAAAGAUUUACAUUGCCUGCGAAUGUACGCGUUAAAUUUUCGUUCCUUUUAAAAGUUAAGUUAUUAUCUGUUUAAACACUGAUCCAUGUCUGCUCUGUUAUAUGUCACGACCUAUA